CUCUCUCUCACCAAGUUCACAAGUUGAGUUCUUGUCCCCGUUCUUGGACGGACACAUAUCCAAUCAGCCCGAGAUUUGCUCAAUUGCUCUAAGCACACACUGGCAUCGUUCGAAGCGUCGAGCCUCGCAGCUCAGGCGACAUGUCGACGGUGGUGGCGGUGGCGGAGGUGCGGCCGGCCUACGGCUUCCCCGGAUCCGGGAAGAAGAGCGGCGCCCAGCAUGAGGAUGUGGUGGCUGUCGGGAAGAGGAGGAGCGACGGGUUCUUCAUAGAGGAGGACGAGGUGGAGGAGGAGGUGCUCACUGAGAGCUCGUCGAUCGGGGCGCCGUCGCCGUCGGGCUCGUCGAUCGGGGCGCCGUCGCCGUCGGGCUCGUCGAUCGGGGAGAACUCGUCGUCGGAGGCCGGCGGGGACGAGGGGGAGGAGGAGGUGGAGAGCAAGCUCAAGGAGAGCGAUGGGGUGGGCUGCUUGGACGCCCUGGAGGACUCCUUGCCCAUCAAGAGGGGCCUCUCCAACUUCUACACGGGCAAGUCCAAGUCGUUCACCAGCCUCGCCGAGGCGGCGGCGGCCAAGGAGCUCGCCAAGCCGGAGAACCCCUUCAACAAGCGCCGCCGCAUCCUGGCGAACUGGUCCCGAAGAGCCUCCUGCAGCUCGCUCGCCACGGCCACCUACCUGCCCCCGCUCCUCUCCCUCGACCACGCCGUCGCCGAGGGGAACGAGGGAGAAGAGGACGACUCCGACGACGACAACGAGUACAACCACCUACCGCACCGCGGCAAGAACGGCAGGGACGCGCCGGCAUUGCCGCUGCCUCCCCCUAUGUUCAACGCGCACACGCAGAUGGGCAUGGUGAGGAGGAAUGUCCAUGGGACCUUCAGGUCUCCUAGGUCCUUAUCAUUGCCUGAUCUACAAAAUAGCACUCAUACAUAGUGGCUGCAAAUUUGCAAUUAGCUCAGAAUUCUGAUGUAUCUUGCCUAGUCGAGAUGUUACUAGUUAGUUACUACUAUAUAAUUGCAAUGCAUAAAAAAUCCAAGUGUUAUGUGUUUAUCAUGGCUUUCUUUGUCCUGAGAAGGUGUGUACCAACUAUGAACUGACCGAACCUGGGGGUAUCAUUAACAAAUGAUGAUCAUGAAUUCAUGAUGGUGAUUAGUUAAUUGGUUUGCUUUUGAUCCA